CUCCCCUUUCCUCUCCCACCUCCCGCACACCCUCAACCUCCGCCGUUCCCAUUCCAUCCGUGUCUUGCUUCCUCGCCAUCCGUUUGUCUUUUUUCCUGCAAGCCGUCACUCGUUGACGGCCUUCUUGGUCUUCCCUUUUCCCCACUGGCUCGUCGCUCCAUAUUUACCUCGACACCCUGCUCACCACUGCUUCAACCCGCCUCCCUUCCCUGCAUACGUCUCGCUAUAUAUUUGAUACUCAUCUCUGUGAGCCCGUUGAGCUGUUGUCUCAAUCACGAUUCGCUGUUCUCGCGAGCGUAGUCUCUGUCUUGCUCAUCGCAAACCCACGAACAAGCUUCCGUUCUGCCUCCGCCCACCCUGAACGGUUUCUCUUCGCCUCCGAAACAAACAGACCCUAAUCCCAUUCCCAGCUCGCACCUUUACGUCCUCUCGCUGGUCCUGGGCCUGUGUAUUCGGGAGCAACAGUCCAGUCGUGAAUUUUUUUCAGAUCCUACCCAUGCCGUAAUCGUCGUCUUCUCCCGCGUUACCUGCGUUCCUAUGUUGACGAUUUGACGUUUUCCUACGACUGAUGAGUACGACUCCUACGACGUUCUAGUCUUCAGCAUUCGGAAAGCUUUAAUUAUAUCCCUUGCCUUUCCCCCCUCCCCCGAAGAAAAAGGACCCUGGGCGUCCUGGUCUCGAACACGGAGCGAACAUUCCACACGUGACUCUGGUCACAUAUAUGUGUGUUGCUCGGCAUUUUUCACACUUGAUAAAUCCUCUGCGCGAUUGUUGUGUUUACACAUCUGGAGAAACAUUAAAAACAAAAGUGACGCACACAAUCCUUUAACACCUGUCCAUCACGUGUCUGGGUGGUGCUGUUUUGGUCUUAUCCCUUUUUAUACUCAUUGUGACUGGUUCUUCUUGAUCUCCUUGGCUACACUGUCGAUAUGAGCAAUUACCACUCCCAGAACCAAGACAUGUAUCAUAAUACUGUCUCUCGGUCUCCUGGGUCUCAUCGCCAUGUCCACCAGCAUCAACAGCUCCAUCGCCAGCCUUCGAGACAGUUCGAUGCAUUCGGCUCCAUGCCUGCCGCAAUGUUCGAUGACCCGCUGUCGCGUUACGAAUCCGCUACGUUAGAUAGGAUGAACCAAGGCCUGCAAGCUAAUAAUUUCCCGUACGACAUUACAGGCUCUCAGACCUGGAAUGCGAAUGGAUUAAGUGGUGCGCAUACUUUGGGAAGCAUUGGGAGUAACCCGCUUUCUGCCUCCGCAAGAGGGCGAUCAAAUGUGCGUGGUAGAACUGGCCUUCCGGCGACCUGGCUCGACCAGCAGCCCGCUCCCCUUCCAAGUGCAUUCCCGCUGGCAUCUGGCCCCAUUCAGCCGAAUCCGUUACGUACCGAGAAUGUCAAUCAUGGUCAUAACCACAACAACGACGGAGAGGAUGAGCUUAUUCCGACUGCCAUUGUUAUCAAGAAUAUUCCCUUUGCAGUCAAAAAGGAGCAACUCAUCCAACUUAUGACUGAAAUGAACUUGCCGUUACCUUAUGCCUUCAAUUACCACUUCGAUAACGGCGUAUUCAGAGGUUUGGCCUUUGCAAACUUCACCUCUGCUGAGGAGACCGCGACGGUUAUUGAAGUUCUGAACCAUUUUGAUUUGAAUGGAAGAAAAUUGAGAGUGGAAUACAAGAAAAUGCUUCCCGCGCAGGAGCGUGAGAGAAUUGAGCGCGAAAAGCGUGAACGCAGAGGCCAACUUGAGGAACAGCAUCGGCCGAUCGCUGCUUCGCAGCUCCAGAAUCAAAAUUCUAUGUCUUCCUUGGCUUCUCACUUGCAAACUACUUCGCCGUCGCCAGUUUCUCAGCGACAAAAUGCAUUGGACCUGGAUAUGAACGACGCCCAAACACUACAAUUCUAUUCGCAGAUGCUCCUGUUUAAACAGGAUCAGAACAGGGAGUCGCUUAUUUUCCCGUCCACUUUGACCCCGCUCCAGCGCCGUACUGUGCAUACUUUGGCCCACAACAUGGGUUUGGGUCAUGCAUCUCGUGGAACUGGAGACCAGCGCCAAGUGCAUGUUUUUCGUGUGGCCCCCGGUUCAAAUGUGAGCCCACCAAUUCCUACCCUGCCAACCACGAUCCACCCUGCAGAUUCAGCCCGUCGAGGCCUCAACCGUGCAGCCACAAUCGAUUUCAGUGAAGCAAGAGGCGAUGCGCCGAACCCCUUUGGAACCCUCCGGAGCCAUAAUUCUGGAUAUCUUGGCGUGCUUGACUCUCCUGGGACCUUUGGAAGCGCACAGAAUCUUCGGGCGGCGAAAUCCUUCGCGGAUCUCCGUUCCUAUACACCUUCACCAGCGCCAUCUACGGCAAGCUACCCCACUGCAUUGCAUGCCCAGGGUACCCGUUUGCAGGCUUAUGACAAUAUCGCGAGUGGAAAUUCCAACACGCCUACUUUGACUCCGACCCCAGGUUCUUCCAUCGGCUUGCAGCGUACUGAUGACAGCCUCCUUGUCAAUAGUCUUAGUGGCCUUACUCUUGGUACCACCGUUGGUGGCGGAACUUCCUCUAGUCCAAGGCGGCUUCGCUCAAUGUUCUCUUGGGAGCAGCAGGAGGCCUCCCAACCUUCCACAACCGCUCCUAUUGGCAGUAAUCGUUCCAUCGGACUUGGUGCUUUCGACACCCAGACUCAAGAACGUCUUCCACUUCGACAACCUCGUGGUCCUGUCCCAGAAAGAGGAUCUGGAUUUCGCAGACCAAAUGGGCAUCAAUCUCGUAGCAGCGACGAAUUACAACAGGGGCGACCCGAAAUCGUCGUUGAAUAAAUGACCCCACAAAUCAACACGCAAUUAUGGAACAAGACGUCGAGUGAAAAAUGUACCCCAUGCUACAUUAUAGUGCUUUUUUUUGAGACACCAUCCAUGAGAUUGAGUGGUGCCUUUACGAUUCGAUGAUGGAUGACGCAAUGACCUUACCUAAAAAAAAAGACUCGGCUUUACAUAAAAAAAGUUUCAAUGGAGAAUGAUUUAACUAGAUGCUACUCGACUUUGGGGCAGCCCAGAAGCACGACUCUUGUUUGAACGAUGGUUUCUCUAAGCACGUAUUUCCCAGAUGAGAGCUAUAAAGCGUGAAAAGAAAUUUUUAAUAUAUGAACCCCAUUUGCUACUUGAGAGCGUCAGGCGCAGGAAACAUGAGGUCUUGUUUUUCGCACGAAAAUACCGAGAAAAUAUCCGAAAGCAUCGCCCGUUUUCCUGUCUAUGUUUUUCUUUGCCCUUGUCGUGGUUUUUCUUUCUUCUGACCCAAGUUUUCUUCAGGCUUCGGGGAAGAAUGCUGUGUGUAACAUCUUUUAUUUGCAUAACCUGUCUGGAUUUUGCCUUUUGUAUCAGUGGAGCUGCCUGGGAUAAUGGUGUUUAAGUCGUCUCGCCGUUGUCUUGCCUUUAGGAUUUCUCAAUGCUUUGGUGCUACUUCCGGCCCCGUUUUAAUACACAUGCUAUUGUUUUUAUGCGUUGCUCGCAUUUUUUGAGGAUUGAUCGUCAGAAUCCUGCCUCAACUUCGAAUUUUGCGACUUCCAGCAUUCUUUUUUCGUCUCAUACGAACAUUAACUGUCCCCAUCCCUGACGUUUUCGGUCGAACAGAUAUUGGAAAGCAAGCUUUGUGUCGACAGCCGUUGCUCUCUCUCAACCGGCGCUAACCACGAUUAUCGUCUCUUUUUGCACCCUCGUGGACCACCAACGAUCUUUUGGCGUAUUGCAAUGCAAUAUGUACAUAUUGUCUGAACUUUACAGCUGUCGGAGCUUUCGCACUGGAAUUUACCUGCUAUUUCUGUUCCACUAUUUCGAAAAAAAAAAAAAUAAACGCCGAUCUUUUGGCUAUGUUUGCUGAUGCUAUCGGUUUUGCUUACCACACAAAUGAGUGGGUGGCUAAUACCUCUUUUCCCAGGCACUCGCGACUUCGCUGAUUGAUUGGACUCUCUUUCAUCCUCUGCUAUGGCUUUAUCGAAUAAAUAUUGGCUUUUUAAUAUCGUUUUGAUCCUUCUGUCUUGCAAUUUCCCAGUGGGCCUAUUUCUCCAGUUUAUGAUUUUUCUGUGCCGGACAGGGCUCACUCUCUUAAACAUAACGGAAAGAUUUUUCCCGUUUGGAAUCAGUUCAGCAGGUAUUUUCCAGCUAUCUAUUGGGCGUUUGCUGUUUUUGUAUGUACGCGUUCGCCGGAAAUUGAAUGCCAGUAUUUUGAUGUUUUGUU